AUGACCACACCGGACGAUUUUUUGAGUGAAGACGAGCUUUUUCGGGACGCUGAAGACGAUAUUCUGGCCCCCGUAACCGAGAAUUUGACCCUUGAUGAAGAUAGUUACGAAAGUGAAGAUGACGAUUUUUACUCAAUUUCGGGCAAAAACCAGAGGAACCCCCAAGUGUCGUCAAAAAAAGUCAGUUCGUACCAACCCCCCGACAGUUUAUUCAAAAAAUACACCAACAAAAUCAACGUUGAGGCGUAUGACCGGGCUUUGCCCCCUCAUGCCACAAAUUUGCUCAUAGCCAAUGAAAAACGGCAAGAAAAUGAGAAAAUACGGCACAAGGACAAACACGACCGUGCCACCGCUGAACAAGUCAUGGAUCCACGAACCCGAAUGAUUUUAUUUAAAUUAUUAAACCGGAACGUAAUUUCCGAAAUAAACGGUUGUAUUUCAACGGGAAAAGAGGCAAAUGUUUAUCACGCAACGAGUGAUAAGGGCCAGGUUGCGAUUAAAAUUUACAAGACCUCGAUUCUCGUUUUCAAAGAUCGCGAUAAAUACGUUAGUGGCGAGUUUAGAUUCAGACACGGUUAUUGUCGACAUAAUCCGCGAAAAAUGGUACGAACGUGGGCCGAAAAAGAAAUGAGGAAUUUAAUUCGCAUGCAUUCGAACGGUUUGAAUGUCCCUGAACCCAUUUUGCUGCGUUCGCAUGUCUUACUAAUGGGGUUUAUUGGUCGAGAGGGUUGGCCUGCUCCGAAAUUAAAAGACGUGGAUUUAAGUCAGUCAAAAGCGCGUGAAAUCUACAGAGACGUGGUUAUAAUCAUGUGGAAAAUGUACAAUAAGUGUAAAUUAGUACAUGCCGACUUGUCCGAGUUCAACAUGCUUUAUUUGAAUGGCGAAAUUUUCGUUAUCGAUGUGUCACAAUCUGUAGAACAUGACCAUCCUCACGCGUUGGAGUUUUUGCGGAAGGAUUGUACAAAUAUCACAGAUUUUUUCAAAAAGAAGGAAGUUGCGACUAUGGGUAUCAAGGAUUUGUUUCAUUUUAUCACUGAUCCGACGAUAAAUGAGGGGAAUAUGGAGGAGUGUCUUGAGGCGUUGGCUGAGAAAGCGGCUCAACACACCGAAGUCACGUCAGAGGAACAGGUGGAGGAAGAGGUGUUUAAGCAGGCUUACAUCCCUAAACGCCUGACUGAAGUGAUUGAUUUCGAGCGAGACAUAACUCGAGUUAAAUCGGGUUUAGCUGACGAUUUAGUUUACAAAACUUUGGUCGGUUUAAAGGCCGAUUUGAGUGGAACUGUGCAACAUCCCGAGAUUUUGGAUGAAAAAGAAUCAUCUGAAGAAAAUUCAGAAAGUGAAGAAGACACUGGUAGUAAUUUUGUUGACUCUUCAAGACCCAAACAUGAAACACUCGAUGAGAAAAAAGCGCGGAAAAAAGCAGUCAAAGAGGCACAAGCUGCCAAAAGGACAACAAAAAUCAAAAAACAUGUCAAAAAACGGAAAGAGAAGGUUUCAAAGAAAUAAAUUAUUUCAUGGCAUUA